AUGGCCCAGAGCCCGACGUAUUCCUCCUGCUUUGCCGCCUCAACCAAACAUGCUCUUUCCUUUGUGUUCGGCCCCUCUACUAGUAGGGAGCCAUUUGCUCUACAUUCAAACCGAACAAAUUCCUUGGGCCGUGCAGAGUCGGACUGCCACACAUGCCAGUCCUUCAAGCGACAUUGCGACCGGCAGAGGCCACGCUGCAGUAUCUGUGCAACGUCUGGGAAUAACUGCGGUGGGUACGUUCAGGCCUUGAACUGGCUGGGCGGCGUCGCCAGUCGUGGGAAACUCAGUCGAAUGACAUCUCCUGCACCUCGGAUGGGAGAUGCAUCUAGGGAGAAAGACGAACAUAUCUCCCUCGCAGGCCCUGCAGACUUUGCCUUUGUCCAAGAAACUGGCGUCAAGCGAAGAAGGCUCAGCUUGCCGGCCCAUCGUCCGAAGAGACUACGGAAACGCGAAGACUCCAAGCAACCAAGUCCGCGCAAACGACCGAGGGCAUUUUCCGCAACCGGCAGUAUCCUCAGUUUGUCUGAAACCAGUGCUGAACUUGCGCAUUCCGAACCCGAAUUGGUACUGUGCAAUCCUCAGCUCGUCGCCACGAGCCCGCUCCUUGUCUGCGCCAAUCCUCGCCUUGAGUUCCUGAAUCUCCACCGGCUGUCACCCCAAAUGUCCGAAGUUCUGGAUUUCUAUCGGUGGAGAUUCUCUUUUGUGACUCUGACUUUCAAGGUCCAGAUCAAUCCCUGGCACAUGUGUCUUCCAAUGGCCUUUGACAACCCUUGCUUGAUGGACGCAAUCGUCGCUUUGAGUGGGCGGUAUCGGGCUCAUCUGUUGGACCAACCCGAGAGCUUGGAAGUAAUGCAUCUGAAGAACCGGGCCUUGAGCGCGUUCAGUUCUGUUCUGCACUCCGCCCAUCCAGCGGCCCUGGUCGGCACGAUCCUGACAUUGAUCGGUCUCGACUACGUCGACACCGCGUACUCGAAUUGGCCAGUCCACUUCCGGGGCGCGUACAGCGUCAUUCAGGCUGGAGGCGGCAUCGAGAUUGCGCAGUACAAUCCACCUCUCCAGACUCAGAUCGCUCAGCUUGCAUGGUACGACACGACUAGCGCACUGAUCUCAAGACGAAAUCCAAUCUUUCCUCGUAAAUGGAUUGAAGAGCUGAUGGCUUGGCGGUCAAUCUCGAGCUGGAACUUGCUCGCCCUAAACGGUUGUCCGGACGAUUUAUUCCUCCAAAUCUACGACAUUGCCGAAGCGGCUUCACGAAAUGUCAAGGGCAGCGAAGCCGCAGCACUGGAACGGAAUCUGUGGUCCGUCGUCUUGGAUCCACGGGAUGGGGGCAUUGCUGCACUGUUUGAUUGCUGGCGACUAGGUCUGCUCCUGUAUUGUACGCGGGUUUUCGGCGUCAAUGUUUGGAGUCCGGCCGAAGACACUCAGGAACGUCAAAGUGCUGGGUCCUCCUUCAGGCUAAGUUUGCCCGUGGGAGGAAGGCCGGCUGUCGAGCCGUCUCAGCUGCCUUCGACGUCCAUCAUGCGAUGCAGAUUUCUUGCUGAAGAGAUCCUCUGGCUGGUGAGGGAUAUCCCUCCAGAGUCAAAUCUGCAGAAGCAGUGUCUGAUUCCGCUCAUGUUUGCGGCGUGCGAGCUGGACGCCGAUCCGGAACAAUUGCCUUUCCGCAUCAUGGCCGAGAACUACUGUCGGCGAUGGCGCAAAUUGAGUGGACUGCCCCUAUUCGACCACGCCCUUAGUCUCAUGCAGGCUACCUGGACGCUGAUGGAGGACACGGGGGAUCCGCAUGUAUGGUGGGGAAACGUGUUCAGCGCAUCCCGGCCUGCGCAUUCGAAUCUACAGAUGCAGGAAGCCCACAACGCCGUGGAUGAACUGGAUCGUGGGCGGGAGUGGAUGUUUGGUUGA